UCACUAGGAUGGGACACACUUUUUCCAUCUUAUUAAGAUGGAUCAAAACAAAGCAGUGAAAUGAUUACAGUAUGACCACUGAUGAAAUGACAGAUUUUUUAGGAAUGUGUUCUGGUUUAAAUGGUUAGCUUUUACUCUAAAUUCUGUUUAGUUUUUAGACUUCUUUGCUAAAUCUAAAGUCUAGUUUCAGAAAAUCUGAUGUGCUCUUGCACCUAUUUGUAGGGCUGCUAUAAAUAGGCCCCUGCUGGCAACACAUGCGUGUCUAUGAUAGGCAGUUACAGAGAUUUUCUUCACAGACUCUGGCUCCAAAGCAACACUGAUAACAUCUCAAUGGGGUUUUUACAUGGAUAACACCAUUAAAUUUGAGCCUUGAACUUUGACAAGCUGUGGACGUGAACACGGAGUAGUUUUAUACUGUGGGUAAUACAUUUAUCUCGGAUUUUACAUUUUUUGUGAAUUGCUUCAGUGGACAAUGACUUCCAGAAGGCCAAUGACUCGCUCUUAUUCUGGCAAUGGAAGGACAAGCAGCUUCAGUGAAGAGGAGGGCAGCUCUUCCAAUGGUCGUUCAGAAAGCCGCAAUACUUACCUCUCAAAUGUCAGGCCUGAAAACAGCUAUUCAAGGUAUUCUCACUACAGGCCAACGAGGAGCACAUUGUGUAGCAUCAUGGCUCAGCUGACUGAGGACAUACAGCCUUCCUUUGAGACCACCUUGAAAUCAAAGGCAGUGUCAGAAAACUGUAAUGUGAAGUUCAUCUGUGUGGUAUCAGGUUACCCAACUCCAGAACUGAAAUGGUAUAAAGAUGAUAUGGAAAUGGACCGCUAUUGUGGACUCCCAAAAUAUGAAAUUCGUCGUAAUGGGAAAACUCACACUCUCCAUAUUUACAACUGCACAUUGGAUGAUGCAGCCAUCUAUCAGGUCUCAGCCAGCAAUAGCAAAGGUAUUGUUUCCUGCUCAGGAGUUUUGGAGGUUGGCACCAUGAACGAGUACAAGAUCCACCAGAGGUUCUUUGCAAAGCUGAAACAGAAAGCAGAGAAGAAGAGGAUGGAGGAGCAAACCAAGAAGGGGGAUAAAGAAAACAUUCAGAAAGAGAAACCGCAGAGUAGCCCAGAGCGUCCUCAAAGGAAGCGGCAUGUCCCACCACCAGAGGAGAGGCCAGCAGUCAAGGAGCCUGAAGCUGUGGAACAACUGGGAGCUGCUGAAGAACCUAAUGGAGUUAGCGCUGAAGUCAAGGAAACAGCCCCUGUGACAUCCAAAGAUAGUGACCUGGAGAAGGCGAUAUCUCCAUCUGAGGAAACCUUGGCCAAAAAGAAAAUAAAGAUCUCAAAUGGUGUAGAUUCUGGGGUUAACACUAGCAGCAGCAGCAGCAGAACCCACAUGAUGGGGAAUGGAGGUGAAAACUGUUAUGAUGGAGGAUUAAGUUUGGCACAAUUUCUGGCAGAGACUCUGCAGUCCCAGGCUGCAGAGGAGAAACAGAACUCAUCUCGAGGGGAGAAACCUAAAGAGAUGGAUAUACCUAUUGUAAGUGCCAGUAAAGAAAAAGAGAGAGGGAAAGAGAGGAUGCGAAAAGAGAGGGAAGAACAAGAAAAAGCACUAGAGGAAGAGUAUGAGAGAGAAAAAAGGAGAGAAGAAGAAUUGGCCAUAGAGAGGGAGAAAGAAAGGGAAAGGCCAUUGGAGAUGUCGCAUACAGUACCCUACACAAAACAUGGUUCCGAAGUCAAACUUCACAGCAAGGCUCAUAAGGACCACGACCACCACCAUAUCCAGGCUUCCAUUUCCUCAAUGCUCCACACAGUCAAAGACUUUUUCUUUGGUAAGAGUAAGAAGGACUCUCAUGAUCACGUUGAGAACAAGGAGAGAGAGUUUGACCUCUCACCUGCCUCAAUGCAGCCUCCUCAACCAGAAACGCCACCAUCAUUUCGGGUGCAACCAAAGCGUAAUCAAGUGUGCAAGCCUGUCACAGAGGAUGUCGUGCCUAUGGAAAUGGAUAAACCAAAGGAGCCUUUAGGAACUGUGGAUAUAGAACAACUGUCAGUGUCGCUGGAGCCGCAUGAACAUAAGCAUGAAGACAGUGUUCUACACACAAACCUGCCACCAGCCCAUAAAUUGCCACCUGAGAGCAUGGAGGAGUCCACAGGGCACAGUGUCGAGGAGGCUGAUGAUGUUGUGGAGGCCAUGGAGGUGUCUGUGGGGCCAGAGAGCAGCGGUCCAGGUGAAGAAAUGCCAUUGUCGGGGCUUCAAGUUCUCACUGAGGCUGAAGAGAAAGAUUCUCAGGUAGUCUCAGUUAUCAAAGACGUUUCCAUAUACCAGCAAGAGCCAGAUCAGCUGAUAGUUUCACCACAGCCUAAUCACCAGUCUGCAAGAGCUGAGUCUUCACCCAUGGGAUAUACAUCUGUAUUGCCACAGACCCAAGUCCCUUGUGAAGAAAAAUUCUCCCCCACACCCACACUCACUAGUUUGGCAGAAAGCUGGACUCCCUUUCACAGUGUUAUCUCGGCAUCAGAUAGCCACGGCCUUGGAGAAGAAUCCACUGAAACAUUGCAAGAAGAGGAGAUGAGUGUUGAUAAGAUAGGCGAUAAGAUAGGCAAAGAAGGUGAACCUGACACAGAAGAGGACUGUUCUUCUGAUAAAUUAUGUAAGGAAGAGAAAGCUGAAGUGAAAUCAAACCAAAAGCCAUACCCAGAUAUAAACAGAUCUGAGAUUACUGAAUUAACAACAUCUUCACUGGAAGAGAUAAUAGAGCCAUGUGAAUCUAAAACACCAGAUCAGGUGCUUUCACAUCUGUCUGCUGUGGCAGCAUACUGUGUGGAGAGAGAUAAUGUAAAAGAAGAGACUGUAUGUACUUCAUUGCUUCAGGAAAUGAAUGUAGGAUUUCCGCCCACUGCGGCCCCAGAGAGUUUAGAGAUGGGUGGCCUAAAAAUACAGCAAGAAUGCGCUACUUCUGUAGCAGAGGAAAGCACAGAAGUCCCCACUCUCAGUGCCAUGCAGAGUGCAAACUCAGGUUUUAGAAAUAGUGGAGAGAGAAGUGAAUUGAAAGAGGUAUUGAUUUCUGCUUUAGAGAACGAUUUAGACAUUAACUUGUGUAACAAUCUAAAAACACAAGAGCAGGUAACCUUAGACGGUGAGAGCACUCAAGCAAGGAAUGAGAGUUUACAGUCUGAAGUGGAGACAGGAAAGAGAAAUCCAAUGAAAGUAGAGGAGUUGGAUGAAUCAAAGAGCCUUUCAGUAACACAAAACAAGGAAGGUAAUGCUAAUGUUUUGGAGGAACACAGUAAUGUUGCACAUCAAGACAGCAGUGAGAGGCAGCAGGGUUGGCCCUCAGAGAAUAUUCCACAAAUCCAGAUAUCUACUGUAGAAGACACCCCAGAUAUUAAACCAACUGUUCCACAUGUAAACCCAAAUGAACAUUUUAUAAUCCCAAAAAUUGAAAUAAUGGAGCCUGAGCUCAAAGAGUGCACUCUGCCACUAACUAUUUUAGCACUAAACAAGCAAGAAUCAAUGCCUGCUGCUUUACAAAAACAUGAUGCAACUCAUGCGUCAGCGGUAAUAAUCCAAGACCAGAGCGUGGCUGAUUCUCCAAGCUUGUUCCCCACACAGAAAGGUAUGCAGAAUGACUAUAACCCCUCUCUUACUGAGGAAGUAAAGGAAAUUGCGCAAUUAGAUGACAAGACAGAAAUGUUUGAGCAGGAGCAGCCACGUGUGAAAAGCAGUGAACAGCUCCCUCAGAUGGACUACGUAUCGAUUCCUGUUAUAAAUGUUUCAUGUACUGAUGACAAGGAGGAUGCUGUAAAUGUGAACACCCAUGUUUCAGAUACACCACAGCCUUUGGAAACUGUGGUGCCUUUGUCUGUGGUGCCACCAAUCUCUGUUACUUGUCAUGAAAGGGAUUCUGGACUCAGACUGCCCAGUCAAAGUGAGUGGACAGCAACAGAAACUUCAGCUACCCUGCAAAGGGGAAUAAAGCAGGAUGUUGACAAUAAUAUGACCACUAAGCCUGGAAAAAGUCAAAGUAGAAAACAGAACCUAGACGAAAAGGCAGAGAGGAGUAUAAAAGAGAACACUCCCUCUAUGCUAUAUAAGGCUCUAAUACCAAAGGUUGGUGACAAUGUGCCAUCAUUCAGUAAAACAACAGAAGACAACAUUGUCCCUGAAAUAUUGAAGACAAAACCCCAAGAGGGCAAGAUUGAGAAUUCUGUGUCUGUUGAGGACUUCCAAAGAAACAGAUCGCCUGUCGAGAGACUCUGCUCUAAACCCCCAACACAUGCAUCAUUGAGUCCUGCCAGUCUCCGCAAAUUCAUGUCCAAAGCUGCUCCAGACUCAGACAAUGAGGCUGUGACGCCUGUCCCGGUAAUCACUGUGGGCGACCGUCCGAGUGACAAGGCAGACGAAGAUCUAAGUGGAGGCUCAACACCAACAUCCCUCUCCUGUGAAAGUAGUCCCCGGCUGAAACGCAGAGACAGUCUGUCACUCAUACGCUCCGCCACGCCUGAGGAGUUGGCCUCCGGAGCUCGUCGCAAAAUCUUCAUCCCAAAACCUAAAGAAGAUGGAGAAGGAGCAGUGGUUGGAGCACUAGAUACUCAAGGCAAGAAGGAGACCCCCUACAUGUCACCAAGCCAGGCUCGCAGAGCAGCGUUACUACAAGCUCCCACGGGACAAAAUACCCCACCAAUGGAAAGGCGCUCUCCGCUGCUGAGCCGCAGAAAGGUCACGUUGGAGGUGCCAAAAGUUGUGGAGGAGACUCCCACAGAAGAACCAGUCAGCACCAAACUAGAGGAGAAACCAGCUGAAAAGAAGCUGGACCCUUUGAAAGCUCCACAGGUCAUCCGUAAGAUCAGGGGAGAGCCGUUCCCAGAUGCCUCCGGACACCUGAAGCUGUGGUGCCAAUUCUUCAACGUGCUCAGUGACUGCACCAUUAAGUGGUACAAAGAUGAGGAGGAAAUACUAGAGGUGAAGAGAAGUGGAGGAGAUGAAAGCCAAGUAGCACUGGCUGUUGUUCUAGCAUCCAGCCAAGACUGUGGAGUAUAUGGCUGUUCGAUCAAUAACGAAUAUGGGACUGACACCACUGACUACCUGCUCAGCGAAGACAUUCUGUCUGAGAUACUACUAAGAGAUGAUUUGGAAGUUGGAGAGGAGAUCGAGAUGACCCCACUGCUGUUCACCAAAGGCCUGGCCGACUGUGGCAACUGGGGUGACAAGUACUUUGGCCGCAUCAUGACCGAGACGGUGCACAUCGGGGAGGGCUGUGCUCACAAAGCCAGCAGAGUGAAGGUCAUUUACGGCCUGGAUCCCGUCUUUGAGUCUGGAAGUGCUUGCAUCAUCAAAGUUAAAAACCCCAUCGCCUAUGGGACCAAACAGGAGAGCAACCUUACAGAGAGAAAUCUAGAGCUUACAAAGAAAGAAUGCAAAGUCCAAAACAUGAUUCGAGAAUACUGUAAAAUCUUUGCGGCUGAAGCAAGAGUUAUCGAGAACUUUGGCUGUUCACUGGAAGUGAUUCCUCAGUAUCUGAUGUACCGGCCUGCAAACUCUGUGCCAUACGCCACAGUGGAGGCUGAUCUCAAGGGUGUCUUCCUCAAGUAUUGUAUGGUGGAUCCUAAAGGCAGGCUGGUCACACAAACUGUUUCUGAGGUGGAGCAGAAAUGCAACACCUUCCAGCACUGGAUCCAUCAGUGGACGCACGGCAAUUUGCUGGUCACUCGGCUGGAUGGUGUUGAAACGAAGAUCACAAAUGUUAGAGUUGUGACCAAGUCAAAAGGAUACCAAGGACUAACAGAGUAUGGCUCUCCUGAAGUAUUCGAACAGUUCUUGACACACCACCAAUGCAACUACUACUGUGGACUUCUUGGCCUGCACCCACUUAAGUCUAUGGAUAGUCUUCAGCAGCCCACCAAGAUGAAGGGUUCCAGGAGCCCCCUGCUCAACCGCAAGUUGGGCUCUAACAGCCCACAGCUGCAGCGGAAAGGACAAAGCCCUCAGGUGUCUAGAAAGGCAAAUUCUAGCCCAAAGGUGACUAGAAAAGUUCAGGAGACAGAGGACAAUAAAUCAGACACCAAAUGCAAGUCUGCAGAAACUGUUCUUGAAAUGAGAUAGGGAAAAGUGCCUCUUUUGUGUCAAGCAAGAUUUUAUUGCUUUUAAUGGUUUAGUAUUACCUGUUUCUUUCCAGUUACCAAAGCCAGCAAGGACUUGUAAUAGUUAAAAAUAAUAGUUUGUUGACCUGACUUGUCAUAAAGAAUUACUGUGAAUUUCUCAGUUAAAAGGUUUAUGAAAAUGUUUGGAGCAAUGGGCGCAGGGUUUUUGACCUUAUAGCUCCCACGCUUAAUUUAAACAGUAUGAAAAGCAACACCGGGCUACAAUAGAGUUGACAUAACACUAUUAAAUAGUUUGAAACACUUGCCUCAGAGUCUUAUCAGCUCUAUGAGUGGACAAACAACUCUCCAAGCAAUAUUUGUCAGCUCAAAUCAGCCAUACUUCACGCAAUAGAAUUUGCAGUGAAGUUUUGCUCUUUUCUUUUAAUGAAGAGAUGUUUUAGUGGUUUGAUUUAAAGAAUCAUGGAGAAUAAGACCACAGCCACAGAGGGGGUUGAGGUAAUGUAUGCAUAUGAAAGCUGCAUGUUCAUCUGUGAUGUACAGUAUGUGUGUAGGGCAUAAAGUUUAUUUUGGAGAUGUUAUUUAUGGUUUGCAUUAGAACUGCCUAUGCAGAAUUUAUUUACAUGGCAAGGUCAAAGAUGUUUGUGUGGACUUUGUUUUUGGCAUUACUUUUUAGUAGUUUUUGAGUACUUUGUAUCCGUUGUGUCUGUGUCUUUAAUCAGUCCUCUUACAGUAUUUGAGAAUAUGUGCUGGUGCAUGCCACAGUCAAAGCAAUGAGCUCCACACAGUUAAUUAGACCUGCCCUAUGGACUGUGGGAUAAAAGCACACUGAACAAAAUAACCAAAAGGGCAGGCUCAGGACUUUCAGAAGCCUUUUGAUCACUAAGUAAGGCUCCCUGCAAUCACCCUGAAAUCUGUAAAGUUUUAUGGCAGAUUAACCAGUAACCAGACCAAUCUUAAACAUUGCCUAUUUCUUUCUUAUAAGUUGUAAAGCCAGCAUGGACUUGAACAUAAAUUAGAAUAAGAAUUUGAAUGAAAACUAUUCAGUUAUCUCAUGAGUUUGCACAGAUAUUCAUGGUUAAAUUCCAACAGGAGUCACUUGCCUUUGACAAAUAAUAAAAAACUGACAAGAAAUAUUUAGGAAUUUCUGUAAUGGAUUAUUGGUUAAUGAUUAAUGAGAGUCUUGAAAUGUGUCCAAAUAGCCACUCUUAAACUUCAGCUGCCAUUACUUAAAAAACUGUAAUUGUAUGAUUGUUUAUGAUAGAAAACCCAAAUUCUAAAAGAUGUGAAGUUGAAAUAUUGACCAGCAGAUGACAGUGAAAACACUUUAAUGUUAAGGUGUGGUGUCAUGCAAACAAACUGUUGUAUUGUGUUUAUGUGUAAAUACAUAUACAUACAUACAUAUAGUCAAAGGACUGAAUAUCUAAAGUAGUGUGCAGUAAAAAUUAUAAAUGUGGGAGUGAAUAUGUGAGUGAGUAAAUGAAUGAGUAAUUGAGAAAGAAGAAUAAAUGUGUUUACAAUGUGUGCUGUCGUUAUGUUAUAUCAUGUCAGCUAAUGUUUUUUUUAAAUAAAUGUAAAUGCAUAAAAGCAUAGUUCACAUUUUCAUA